CUUGGUUGCACAUGUUGGAUCCAUAUACCUCAACCCUAAACCCUUAUUAUCGAGGAGCAGAGAUAUAAAUAUUAUUCUCUCAGCAGCUUCGUCUUCUUCAGCCACAUAAAAAGCUCCUUUGCUGCAUCCUCUAGGGUUUCUGCAUCUGCUUCAAUGGGUAAGGGAACAGGGAGCUUUGGUAAGAGGAGGAACAAGACUCACACCCUCUGUGUGAGGUGCGGCCGCCGCAGCUUUCACCUCCAGAAGAGUCGCUGCUCCGCCUGCGCUUUCCCCGCUGCACGCAAGAGGAAAUAUAACUGGAGCGUGAAGGCCAUCCGCAGAAAGACCACCGGCACCGGCAGGAUGAGGUACCUCCGCCACGUGCCUCGCCGAUUCAAGAGCGGCUUCAGAGAAGGUACUGAAGCUGCACCAAGGAAGAAGGGAGCAGCUGCAUCUGCAUAAGCCUUUUGGAUUGGAAGAUCGUCGUUUGGUGGUUACCGAAUUAGAGUGGUAGAUUGUUAUUUUUGUGUUGUUGACGCAAGGCUUUUUAUUUAGGCUUUUGGAACAUUUGUUUAUUUUGAUAGCCUCAUUGCUUCUGUCACUUUUGGUCUUGUUUACUUUAAUUUUGUAGUUGCUAUUAAAUUUCAACGAGAUGAUUAUCAGACUUUUUGGAUAUUCAGUUGGAUUGUAUGACAAUUAUAGUUUUGGUUUCGAAUGGUU